AGGCAAAAAAAUGCCCCAACCAGCUCCUUCCUUAAACAAAGUCCCGCAUUCUACAGUGAACGGAACAGCAGCUGGGUUUGCAAGGCCACUGGGUGGACCGGAUCCUUUGCCCAAGACCUCUAAGAAAGAGGAGGAAAUCUUUGGCCCUUCAAAUCAUUCCUUAGAGAAAGUGGGUGGAUCCUCCCAGGAGGAUCCCAAAGCUGGGAGGACAAAUGGAGUGGAGACUUUAGGUUCUUCGAUGGUGCAUGAAAGCAACAGUCCUGCUACCACCAUCCAGCGGCAGCUUCCUGUAGGCGGUGCAGCCAUUUUUAAUCCUCCCAGCCACGCCGCUACUUCUGCGCCUUAUGCCAGAAAUACAGAGGGGCCGACUCUCCAGCCAAGCCAGGCGCCUCUUCCCAAACCAUCGUUUCCUUCCCAAACUGAUCCUCACCGUUUCAGUUCAUUGUCAUCCGCCCUGCCUACUCCGCCGGCGUCUCUUCGGGGGGCCCACCUUAGUGAUGGACAACUCAGUUUGGAAGGCUUCAGCCCUGACGGCAGCCCAGCCACGAACGAUUUCCUCCUGUUUUUUGACCAAAGCUUCCUCUAUGCUGCCUUGAUUUUCGGGGUGCUGUUUUUUGUCAUAGCAGUGGUGCUGACGGGGAAAAAGUUCUGCUCGCAGAAGCCACAGCGCUACACCAGGCUGGACUUGAUCAAUGGCAUCUACGCAAAUAUGUGAAUGUAAGAGGGACAGCUGAGUUUGCCUGUCUUGUGGCCUUCGGGGUAAAAAAAAGAUGGAUUGAAUUUGCAGUUCUAAUGCAGUUCUGCCCAUCCAAGUCAUAAUGUUCCACUGAUUUCAUAAUGUUUUCCUUU